GGAGAAUCAAACCAUUUGCACCCAUUUGCCUGCAAUUGUACACGUAUUUAUUUGUCAGACUCCUAUAAACCCUUCCUCCGGGAUUUUUGAGGCGGUAUGCAUAAAGGUUACCGGAUCAAGGCCUCAAAAGUCCGGACAACCACCAGAGGGCAAGGGCGGGGAAAGUACAACACAGAGGGGGAGAUACAGCGGUCUGUGUCGCCAAGAUUUAGUGCAGCAUCUCUAUCCCCUUAAAUCGUGGCGAGGAAGCCUCUAAGUGUUGCCAGCCGUUUAAAAAAAAAAAAAAAUGGGAACUUGGCCUCACGUGGCACUCUGUAGAUGUUCAGAGGAUCCGCUUGCACGGAGGAGGCACGCUGCGCGCCGAGCAGGAGCAGCAGCGGGCUCGUCACGUGACCUCUUUCUCUUUCGCCGCCCGCCGGUCCCUUUAAACCCUCUUUCGCCGAGCGAGUGGGAGGAGACGGAGGGAGGCUCGAAGGCGGCCGGGCGCCCCUUUUGCGCUGCCGCUGCUGGGAACGCUUGGCGCGGCUGCUUUGCCAGUCUCUCCGGCCGCCUCUCCUCCGUUCCUUCCGCCCUGACUCCGCUGGGGGAGGACCGAGCCGGGAGACAACCAUCACCCCCCCCCGAUCCAUGCCUCUGCGAGCCUGCUAUGUCUCAACAAGGAGAUGUGAGAAUCCGGCAAAGCAUGGCCAGAGAUAAAUGUCGCUUGUAUUUUUAAUUCUGCUCAACCUGAAGUUCAAAGCAUAAAUGCUUGGAAAUCAAACCUGCUGUAGUAAGGCUGGUGACCAUCCAAGUGGAAUGGAACAGUCAUGAAUGGUGAUGCUCUUUGUCAAGAACCUCCCUCCCAGCUUCCUGACUGGCGGGAAUUCUGCGAGCUCCAUGCCCAGGCUGCUGCAGUGGACUUUGCUCAGAAAUUCUGCCAGUUCCUGAAAGAAAAUCCCCACUACGACACCCCUGGAGCCGAGACUUCCUUCUCUCAUCAUUUUGCAGCAAAUUUCUUGGACAUCUUCAGCCUGGAGGUCAACAGGGUGUUUGUGUCCAAUUCCCCUACGAAAUAUAAUAUUGUCCCAUUUGUGGGCCUUCAGAACUGCCACAUGCCUUAUGGACGGGAUCUCUUGCCAAGGAAAGAGCAGACUUCCGUGGAGUCUCUAGAUAGCAUGGACCACACGCUCACCUCCAGCAGGUACUUAAGCCAAACCCAACAGGCUCAGGCAAGAAAAGUCUCCUCCUAUGGCCAGUCCCGAAGCUCAGAAGAUGUCUCUGUGCACAGUUCUUCUAAAACAAAAUUCAAGAAAGGUUUUUCUCUGAGGAACAUGAGCUUGUGCGUGGUGGAUGGCAUGAAGGAGAUGUGGCAUCGGCGGUCUUCUCCAGAGCCAGGCGCGGAAGCCAUGCAAAGCAAACAGUCUGAGCGGGAACAUUGUCCUCCGGGUAGCAAAGAACACAGCGAAUCCAGAGAGAAAUGGACCCACAAACUCUGGCUUUCAAAGGGGCAAUCUUCUAAAGUGGAUUUAGUGGACAUUCAGAGAGAGGGAACCCUUCGCUACAUGGUUGCUGAUGACACAAACUGUGUGGGUAGCUCUCAGUGGCAAAAAUGCCGUUUGCUGCUAAGGAAAGCAGUAAAGAUAGAGGGGGAAAGGUUCCUUCUAGAGUUCUACGUUCCUCCUAAGGCUUCCAAAGCAAAGGUCAGCAUCCCUCUCUCAGCUAUUAUUGAAGUGCGCACAACUAUGCCAUUGGAGAUGCCAGACAAGGAUAACACCUUUGUGCUGAAGGUAGAAAAUGGCGCUGAAUAUAUCCUUGAAACGAUAGAUUCGUUGCAGAAACAUUCCUGGGUGGCGGAUAUACAAGACUGCAUAGAUCCUGGUGUUCAGCACACAGCUGCAGAAACUCACUGGUGCAGCACCAUCCACUGUCCAAACGCCCACUCUUCUCUUCUUUCCAGGGACAGUGGUGAUGACAUUGAACUCUCUUCCUGUACUCAAGGAGCUUGCCUGCCAAGCAGAGUGUCAUCUUGUAGCUGUGAGUUCCUGGCUGAUGAUGUCACCCGGUGCCAGGAUAGGUGUGCUGGCUCAGCUGCCUCAGAUAGCAUAUCAAAUGCUACCACAAUUGUAACAGCACCCUAUGGUAGGAUCUCUGCAGGGGAAUAUAGAGCGCAUGUGCCAUUAGAGAAUUUCCUGCAGACACUGGAGUCUCCAGCCAACAGGAGUCACACAGCAGGAGAUGAAAAUGAGCUGGAAGCAGAAAUCAAUCUCUUGGAGUUUCCUUGGUUCCAUGGGACACUAUCACGUGUUAAAGCAGCCCAGCUAGUACUCUUUGGUGGAGUCAAAAGCCAUGGCUUAUUUGUCAUUCGGCAGAGUGAAACACGGCCUGGUGAAUAUGUGCUGACCUUUAACUUCCAAGGAAAAGCCAAGCACCUGCGUUUGUCCUUAAAUGAAAAUGGUCAGUGCCAUGUCCAACAUCUUUGGUUCCAGAGUAUUUUUGAUAUGCUGCGGCAUUUUCAUAUGCAUCCCAUCCCACUGGAGUCAGGUGGUUCUGCUGACAUAACCCUCCGCAGCUAUGUAAUGACCCAGAGCCCAUUGCCAGAGCUCACCCCAUCUCCAGCAGUGGCUUCCCAGCAGCCUGCUUGCAGAAAUGACCUCCAGUCUCAACAUUACUUUUCCAGCUUUGUUCCAGUCACUUUCCAGCCAGCAUCUCCAUCAGAGGGCACGACUUCUUCUUCUUCUUCCUCAGCCAGCCAUUCACUUUAUCAUAGGAUGGAAGGAACUUUGAAUGCCCGAAGUCGAAGUAACAGCACAGAGCGGUUGUUUGACUCGGCUGCUGUUGGCACAGAAGAUUACCACGAAAGUGAAGGUUCACGCAACAGAACCAGAGCAGUUGAAAACCAAUACUCUUUCUACUGACUUUGCUGAUGGAGUGGUUUUCAGUGCAUCCCUCUCAUUUGGAUCAGUAAUUUUGGAGAAAAGAAUUGAAAAGCUUCUUGAGGUCUUCAUCUCCUUGUUGACUACUUCUGUAUUGCAUUUAUGAUUGCUUUUCUCCAGGCCUGUGAAUAUGUAUACAAUACCUUCUUGCAUUCUUUCAUAAUAGAAAGUAAAGAUAGUCCUUCCUAUUCCCAAGGAGAUAUAGUGGUGGUUGUUUUCACACAGCUACAAAACUUCAGAGUGAAACACAAUCUUUCUCUUUUACUUAACUUUUUUUGGUCCAGGAGCACAAUCCAGAAUUAUGGAGAAAAAUCUACAUCUGCAUGAAGUCAAGUUAUUUGUUUAUUUCUAUCUAGGCUGCCUGAUUUGGAUGAAAUCAGAAAAUUAGAAUCAUGAAAUCGUGAUUUAAAGUGAAUUGAAGCUGGACACUUGUAGCUAAUUGUUGCUAAGACUUCAUUUUGCCCAUAAUCAGCAAUGUCAAGGUGUAUACUUUGAGGCCAAUGUUGGAAUGACUAGCAAAAGUGAUUUUCUUAUAUACAUCCUGUAAAUUGUUUGCUUUUUUCAUUUUUUUAACUGCACACUCACUCCAUAUUUUACAUUUUUACAAACAAAAUGUUAAGUGUCCGGAGUGCAGUUAGUAUGUAGACUGCAUACAUAGGAAGGUGCCUAACCUGCUCUAAGAACACAGGUCCAUCUAGGUCAAGGGUAUAUGCAAAAUAACACCUUUCCCAAAAUCAGCACUACCUAUUGCCUUCCAGUGUUGAUGGACAACACUUAUUUUGUAUUACUGUGCUUCACAAGACAUAUCACAAUUGUUUUUCCACCAAACUAAUUCCAAUAAAUAUUGAUUGAUAGAAAGAGGAUCUGAAGUCUUCUAUUUCUACAAUUGGUGCAGAUGUUAUUUCUGGACAAAUAACAGUCUAUUAGAGGACCACACAUCAAAGCCACAUGUUGCUUACAGUUGUUUAUAAGUUUCUAUUUGCUGAUAACCAUCUAGCAUUUUCGUUAAAAAUGAUUUACAAGAAUGAAUGUUCAUUAUAAUCAUACUGAAAAUGGGCAGCUUCUCUUUUGUGGCAUGUAACUUCCCUUUAGUAAAUCCUCUCUGUAGCUUUUGAAAGCAUUUAGUUCCAUCUUAAUUUGAAUAACUUUCAUUAUUGUAUUUUCCAUGUGAUUUGAAAAAAAAAUGUAAUGUUAGUAAGUGCAUAAUACUGCCUUUUAAUUUUAGCGUGGCAUUAUCAUUCGUUCCUCAAUGACAUGGCAAUUGUUUCAAUUAAAGAAGAAUCCCUAAAUAUCUUUUGAACUGAAAAAAAAUCUGAGUUUACAUGAAAAACUUUGAAAUAUACUGCUCAAAAUAAUAAUGGCACAGAGCUCUGAAAUUCUAUGAAGCCAUAGGAAAAAAAUCAAUCUGAUAUUUUAGGUACCUUGGAAACAUCCAACGUAUUCCAUCACUUAAUCUAACAAAAUGAAAUUUGCUUGUAACAAAGAGAUGGAAAAAUGUAGCUAUUUUCCAAUAAAUCUGUAGUUGGCUAUUUUACAGAAUUUUCCUGAUUGAUUUACAUGAAAAUGAUUACACAGUUCUGUAUUAAGAUAAUAUUUCCAUGUCAAAGUCACUAAGGUACUAGAAGAGAAAGCUGAAAAGCAAAAUCUAAUAUGAAAUAGUUAUUUUAUAAAAUAUAUAUAAACCAGAAAACUCUGCAUCCACUUGAGUUGCAACAUAUAAAUUGUGCAACCAUUUGAAUUGCAAAGGAAUAGAAAUUGGUGGAAGGGAAUGAAAUCACUGUGCUGCUCUAAGACUUGUGCUUAACACUGAAAUUCUAAUCAAAUCAUAGUACUCUAGUCGAUUCAGAACACAACCAGUGCAACGUCUAUUUUGAUUAAGCACUAUAUUCAACUUUUUUUUUGGGACUGCAGACUAAGCCACUGUUAGUUCACAAAUUAAGAUUCAAGAGAUACUGCCUAAGGCUUCCAGACCUAAUUGCAAAGCUAGUAACUUUAUGCCCUGAAAAUGUAUGUUGUGGGUUUUUGAAUAUUGGUUUUAUACUGCACACUCCCUAUGAGCUUCAGUUGUAAACAAGUUCCUGAGAAUGGAAUUAGCUAUUUGGAGAACUGAGAUUGAUUGUUGGACCUGGCAUGAAAUCAGUGAGGGAUGUUGGGAAUUUUAAUUCAAUAACAUCUGGAAGGCUACAGGUUCUGCAACUUUGGCCUAAAAUAAACCAAAUUUAUUUGAUUUUUGACACUACUGUAUUUCUUAGUCUUUACCUUCAUAGGAAAAUUUGGAAAAAUGAUUUGCUAAGAGCAGUUAGAAUGCCUAGAUGGCUAAGUGUAUGUCUCUUUAAAAAAACUGAUAAAGUUUCUUGAAUAUCACAAUACUGAAAAAAUACUGUCAUGAUUUUUAGAGCAAAAUCCAUAUUUUUCUCUCUAUAAACAUAUAAAAUACUCAUACAUGGAAUAUGAUAUAACACAAGGAAGUUUUUGAAUGCAGACUUAAUUUUUAGAUUCUUUUUUAAUUAAAUAAAUGUGUACUCAAAAGAAUCAAUGGUUACUUUCAUAGUUACCAUGACUUCAUUAUUCAUGUCAGUUGUGUAAUUAUCAUGACAAAUGAUGUUAUUGAGGCUUGUUAUCAAUCACCUGUUCUCCAUAAAGAAGAAUCAUUUGGUGGUACUAACCAGAUAACAAAAACGUUAAGGAUUUUAUUUUUUUCUGUGCCAAUUGAAACAAUGGUGGGAAAGACCUCCAAAAACUGCAAACUGAAUGUUAAUUUGUAAAUACGAUUUUUUUAAAACUGUGAAAAAGUUUUAAUGUGCAGUAGAAUAAAUUUUAUUUAUAAACUUGUAAAGGAUCUGGAAAAAUAAUGGUUCGGCUUUUUUCCUUUUGGAUUGGGAGUUGGAAAUAAAGUCUUUAAACACAUGCUUUAAAGAUACAGUUAAAAAUGUAAAUGGACAUUACAGGACAUACAAUAAUCUUGGGAAUUAAUCCAGUAGUAGUAGAUAGGAACAAGAGAGGCAAUGGCAAGGAUGCGUUCAUUGAGUAUUGAGAUCUGAAGAAUAUGUUGAAAAAUGGUUACUUGAAAAAUAAAGUUUUACUAUUUUGAAAAA